UUUUUAAAGAAUAUUAUAUAUUUUUAUAUUUUGACCACGGCUAAGGUGUGUCACGUGACAGGGCAAAGUCCUGAACCACGUUAUAAAUUCGCUACAGUAGCUUAUAAAACGUCACAAUCUGUUGCUCGUCUUUAAUAUGUUUGUAAACAGAAUUGUUGUGUAAAUGUUUAAUCCCGCUUUUACAGCGUCGUUAAUUUAAGUAAUAAUAAUCUGUGGUAGGGCUAAUGCUCGUUGGUAUAUUUCCACUCUUCGAUGGCUCGAGAUGAGCUGCCCCCACCUGCUGAUUGACGUGACAGCUGCACCCCGAAUCCUCUGGCGCUAUGCAAAUCCCUCGAGACGAGACAAGCGCCGAUUGGCUGGACACUCGCCGCUGGUUGGUUUCUCGAGGGUAACGUUUAGGCGAGUCACGAGCGUCUCCAUGACGUCCGCCGUGGCGCCUAUAUAUCGAAUGCGAAAGCCAAAUCCAUCAAUGAAAUAGUAAAGAGAGAGUGAGAGUCCCUGAGAGAGAGAGACAGGAGAGAAAGAGAAUCAUUCCCGACUGUAUAGACGCCUCCUAACAGACCAACCCACGUCAGGAUGAAGAUAAUAAUCGGAAUUGGAGGUGUGACCAAUGGAGGAAAGACAACUUUGACGGGUAGACUUUUAAAGACCCUACCAAACUGUUGUGUUGUACAUCAAGAUGAUUUUUUCAAGCCCCAAGAUCAAAUAGAGGUCGGGGACGACGGCUUUAGACAGUGGGAUGUGAUUACCGCCCUAGAUAUGGACGCCAUGGUGAACACUGUUAAGGGAUGGAUGGAGAACCCGGUCAAGUUUGCCCGGUCCCACGGCGUGACCGUUUCAGCAACACCGGACGGCUCGGACCCUCAAAGUGACAUCCACUUUCUGAUUGUGGAGGGAUUUCUGCUGUAUAACUACAAGCCUUUGCUUGAAGUCUACAACAAAUGUUAUUACGUGACCAUUCCAUAUGAGGAGUGUAAAAGGAGAAGAAGUACGAGAACUUACACCGUUCCUGACCCAGCCGGGCUGUUCGAUGGUCAUGUUUGGCCCAUGUACUUGAAACACAGAAAAGAGAUGUCGGAGACCAACCUAGAUUUCCAAUAUCUGGAUGGGAUGAAAUCAAAAGAGGAGAUCUAUAACCAUGUUUAUGAGGACAUCCAGAACACUGUGGUCAAUGUCUUAUAGCAUCUCAAGAUGUUUGUGUAUAGAACUGUAAAUAGCAUCGGAGUAGAUACGGCCUCUGCUUUUGAACCAAUUUUGUAAAUAAUAUGAUGACAUACUAACUUAUUUUACAACAGAUGGCAAAAGCCCUGAAUUUUGUAUUGAUUUGUGGGACUUUGCUUUAUAAAAAAGGCAUUACGAACAUUACAACUGUCAUGACUUUAUACUGUAAUUGAAACUUUGUUUUCAUUUCUAGCAUUCAGGCAUGCUUGUAAAUCAUCUUAUAAGUGUCUGGAGUGCAUUAUCAUCUGGUCAUAUAACAGAUAGCUAUAAAGCAAAGCUGGAUUUGUUUUUUAAAGAUGAUGCCAUUCAAUGCAUUCAUGCCACACAUUCAUUCAGUUCAUCACACUUAGAAACGAUUUGUCAAUCAUACUUUAUUAAAGUAUAAUCAACAAACAAAAACUCAGUUCACAAUACAGAUGUGAAUAAGUUAAUAAAUGUAUGCACAUGUGUCAUUUUUAACAAACUGUCAAACUAUAACACGACAAUAAAUAAAACUGAAUAGAUGCAUAAAUA